AAAAAUUGUCCUUAGAGAAAGCCUCUCAAUUUUCGUAGUUUCCUUCCAGUACCUCCGUUGAUCCUUGACACGAUAACACAAUCCAACCCCACCUUAAUCAACCUUGGUGAUUAACGACAAAGGAUUCACCUUUUAGUUUAUUCCUCUUCUGGGCUAGGCUUAAAACUUGUCUUUUUUAGCGGUCCGGCAGCCGGCGGGGGGUAAUUCAGGCGGGUGGUGUUUCAGGUGCGAGCUUGGGUGCUUCAACUCAGUUCCGGAACGCCCACCGAGUUCCCGGUCCACAGCUAUGGAGGCGUAUAAGAAUUGGGUGCGGAGGAAUAGAGAGUACGUUAACUCGUUGGAGUCUCUCGCCAAUGGAGUGACGUGGCUUCUACCUGAAAGGUUUUCUCAGUCAGAAAUUGGACCAGAAGCAGUUACUGCGGUUUUGGGUGUCAUUACUGCAAUCAAUGAGCACAUAAUUGAUACGACUCCAAGAAGUCAGACACCUUCCGCAGCUGUGGAGCCUCGCUGUUUUCCUUAUCCAUUAUGUUUAUCCAUGAUAAAGGAAUUGGAGACAUUGGUGGAAGUUGCUGCACAACAGUACUUUGGGGAUGAUAAAAAAUGGAACUUCAUUGCUCUUACUGAAGCAACAAAGGUGAUAGUUAGGUUCGCAUGGUAUAGGCAAAGUGGAUAUAGGAUGCUUUUACAAGGGGGAGAGACAGCAAAUAUUGAAAAUUCGCCAAGUCCAUCAAAGUCUGGGAAUCAUCACGAGCCUGACCAUUUUCUGAAUAUGAAUGGAAGAACCCAAUGGAAUACAGAAGGCAAGGCCUUGUCUGCAUUGAGCAGAUUUCGAGAAAAUGCCAGGAUGGUAGCUGACCCAGAGUGGUUACGUUGGGUUCAGCAUCAACAUCCUAUCAUGGAGCCUCCAGCUCCAGUGGUUCAGCGGACAACGCUCUCAAAGUUAUUGAAUAAAAGAGGUGUUUCUGGGGUAUUAUUUGUUCUAGGGGAGGCACUAUUUAUUACAAGACCUCUUAUAUAUGUAUUGUUAAUCAGGAAAUAUGGUGUUCGUUCAUGGGUUCCUUGGUUUCUUUCUCUCGCUGUUGACUUUGUUGGUGUAGGCUGUCUUACACCACUGUCAAUAUUGCGGUUUGGAGGAAGGGAGCAACAGAGUAAUUUUACUGAUGCUGAAGAGCAUGAGCUAAGGAGAAGAAAACUGUUAUGGGCACUUUACUUGAUGAGAGAUCCAUUCUUUAGCACGUAUACAAGGGGAAAACUGGAAAGCACUGAGAAGAUAAUGGAGCCUGUACCUCUUGUCGGGAUUCUGACAGCAAAACUCGUUGAGCUUCUAGUUGGAGCCCAAACUCGAUACACUUACAUGUCCGGUUCAUGAUAUCAUUGAGAUGAGCACAUUCUGGAAGAAGUUGAAUUUGUCGAAGAGGAUAAUUUGCGAGUGAAGUUUCGGAGCUUCUCUAUAUGUAUAUUCAUCAUGGAUUGUUCUGCAAACGAUAGUUUUGAAUUUCAAGACAAUAUUGUUGUGGCUGGCGAGUUAACAAGAGCGGAAGUCUUGUGACCAAACUGAAACGAUGGAUGAAUGCAGAUGCAGCACAAUCGCGACGAAAUGGUUUGAGCUGAAGGGUCUUGCUUCGCUUGGAAGGUUUGAGAGUCCCAUUUGAUCUACAAUUACCAAAGCCCCCCUGCCUCAUAAGUCAUAACAGAAGUCGGUGGCCAUUGGCGGGACUCGGGAGAUGAUGAGAGAAAGUAAAUUACUGUGUUUGGGAGAAUAAAAGUGAUUUUCAAAUUAUUGAUGAGCAAUCUACAUAUGGAGCUUUUCCCUGAUCUACUUUUAACAUGUAGAUAGUCCAUCAAAAUCAAAUAGCCCGUAUAAUAUUUGUGAAUUGAUAGUCCACUUAAAAUAGGAAAUAAAAUUAUUUUGCUCUAUCAUCAGCAAGAAGUGUGAGGAUUGUUUAUUUAUUUAAAUCUUUGACCAUCUUCAAAUACUGUUACCCUCACACCAUACUACUAGAGACAUAGCCAUGAUUAAGCAUUCGCCCGGGGUGGGGGCUAAAAUAUGUUGUCACAUACUUAAAAAAAACAAAAAUCAAAUUACUUUGGGAAGAUGUUUGACCCAAAUCAGUGGCGGGGAUUAGUGUAAAGCCUUGAUGUGGACUUUCUCGUCUGAUCUCCUCUCGAGUGGAAGAAUCCUGAGGAGAUUGGGGAUCUAUACUUCGACGCUCAUGUUAGAAUAGGAUAUAUGAUAAUAUAUAGAGAAAUGUAGAGAGAGAUAGGGUUUAGAAAGAGAACCAUAAGUGGGAAAUGUGGGAAGGGAGAAAAGUCCCUUUGUUUGGAGGGCCUGGCCUCCUUAUAUAGGAGUCGGAGGCAUCCAGUCGGUGGACGCCUCCGGGUGAAUAAACACCCCGGUAAACUGGAUGCCUCCCGUCGAUGGACACCUCCCAAUGAUGGACGCCCCCGGGUGGACUGGAUCCUAGAGUAGGCUUGGGCCCAACGUGAGACGCUUUGUGGUGGGCUUGGGUCCGUAUUAGGCGGGUUAAUACUAGACGCAACAUUUUCCCCUUUGCUUCUUGUAUUCUAUAAGAAUGGAAGGAGUAAAAUAAUGCGUCAAGGUGUAUUAACUGGCCUUACUUGCGAGUUUGCCCCUUGUGCGACCAUUGCUCGGUGAUGGAUGCCUCCGGGUGGACGAGACGCCUCCCGAAGAUGGACGCCUCCGGGUGACAGGAUGCCUCCUAGUGAUGGAUGCCCCUGAGCGAACUGGACCCUUGCGAGUCUGGACGAUGCAGUUUGCCCCUUGUGCAGCCAUCGUCUUUGCUUCUUCGUUUAGCAUUCGAUGUCUUGAGUUAGAGCUCUCAAGACGUUUGAGAUUUCCCCACUAGCCCAUUGUCGAGCGUGCUAAUAUGUAGGUCAUAACUGUGAGCUCUAUGCAUUAAGCUGUUGGACCGCGAGAUGGGCAUGAGCUUGUGUGCAUGUUAAGUGUGAGUUGUUGGCUGAAUAUCAGGCGUUCUCUAUGUGCUAGGGAGGGCGACCCCCCACGACUUGAGAGUUGUGACUUAAGACGUCGUUUGUAUCUUGGCGAUGCCACUAGGGGUGGAAAUCGGUACGGUAUCGGUAUCCCAAUACCAAUUAUCGAAAUUCCGAAUACCGAAUUACACCCUAAAGUCAAUCCCAAUCCCAAUCCCUAAAUAAUUUCGAUAUCCCAAUCACAAUCCCUAAAUAUUUCGGUAUCCCAAUCGGUACUUAGGUAUCCCAAUUGGUAUUGUCCAAUACAAAAUGAAUUACCUUUGCAAUUAAUAAUUAAAUAUAUAAAUUAGAUUUUAUUGUUUAAUUUAGGGGGAAAAGACUAAGCAAAGUGUCUUGAAUAAUGAUAUUAUUAAGGAGAAUGGAGGAGAUGAUACAUCUCAAGUUCUUGUCAUUGGUAAUCGUUAAUUGGACGAAUUGGAGGUUGAGAGACGACUAUUAGUAGUGAUAGAAUGAUCUAUGUAUAAUUAAAUGACACUCUUGGUGGUUUAGGGUCGUGUAGUAGUCAAUGAGAGAGUCUAGUUGAGAGGAUAAAAUACACACUAGCUUAUAUUUCGGUAUUGAUCGGUAUUUCGGUAUAUAGCGAUCCUAAUCCCGUAAUCCCUAAUACCGAAUAACAAUUGAAAUUCAAUCCCAAUCCCAAUCUCAAGAAAUAAUACGUGUAUUCGGUAAUACCAAAUAUAGACAAAUUAUGUAUGGUAUUUGGUAUAUCCCAAAUACCGGUACCAAACUUCCAGCCCUAGAUGCCACACCUAUUGGGAGGCGGGAUAGUGUUUCUAACUGUACCUAUGUCGCGCCUACGGGGAAACGGGAUCGGACUUCAAACAAGCGUGGAAGCAUCACUCGAGGGUGGGGUGGAUUUUUUUUCUUAUAGGAGGUAGCUGCAGAGUGCUCUAAGUACUUAGAGUCGCAUUCUGAUUCAUAAAGCGGUCUCGUAGCCCAAUGGUAUGCACUUCAGCUUGGACAAGACGGAAAUAGGUUUUGAAACCCAUGGGAAGCAUUUACAUCAUAUCCUUUUUAGUAAAUGGAAACGCAUUUGGUUGGACUGUCCGUCAACGUUGGGCUUUGCUUGAGGUUUUGGAAGCGAAACCGCAUGCACAAUCGCACACAGAGUGAUGUUCGGGCUUGGCGUUGAUUAAAGGCAAAGCGAGUCGGACUGGGGACUAGCCUGCAUUGUGAAAUGGGAAGCUUAAAGACAAGCCCUAGUUGUUGCGGACCAGACCCAUGUAUGUGGGCGCGAUUCGAGGGCGGCCUGAAUCUUUCGUGGGACGCGGGAUGUGAAUCGUUGAAGUAGCGACGCAAUGUAGAGGUGAAUAAUCCGGAAGUGUGAAGCGGGCCAACGUUGGUGGAGCUGGUUGGAUGUGAAGCGGGCUAACAGCUUUAGCGGGCCGUCGGAGGUGGUUGUGGGCCAGAUGCAGUGAGCCGAGACAAUGAUUGUUCUUGGGCGUGUCUUGUGAGGCGAUCUUAUUGAAGGCGACUCACGAUGAUUGCCCUGGAGGCAUGACAGGCUAAGACGGUCUUUGAAUCUGGGCAGAGAAUGGUGUUAGGCUGCGACGUCUGGGCCACGUUGUGGGCAGGGAGCCGCUUUUUAAUUUGGAUGCGGGGGCCGGAGGCAAACCUGCAUAACUUAGUGACUGACAACUCGUUAUGGGCUUAGGUCCGAAAUUGUAUUGGGGAAUUUCGCUAGCUGGUUGAGAGAGUGGGUGCCCCUUGACCCUAUUUGGAAUAUAGACAACCCUAGUUGGCGUCUACGCCUCCUUUGUCACUUUUUUUUUUUUAAAUGCUUUCUUCUUCUCCUCUACAGCGGCAGCCUUUGAGGGCAUUUUCUUCCGCUUUCCUCAAGAUUCUAGUGUAACACCUGAUAUUUGGGUUUCGGUUCGACCAUAAGAAAUGAACGGUUGGAUUGACGGUUACGUAUAAAGGACUGCAAUAGUGAAUUGAAAAUAAUAAUAAUAAUUAUUAUUAUCAUUAAACAAAAAAGGGAAAAGGGAUAAAAAUCCUUAAUCCGUUCGGUUACACUCUCCCACCCGUUACACCCCUUCCUCUCUCUCUCUAUGGACUUCCAUCUCCUUGGAAAACCUAUAACGUAAACCAAAUACAAGGAGCUGCGACAGGUCUCCCAACUAGUCCCUCUCUCACCCUCAAUCUCCAUAUUUCCAAGAGAGAAGUCUACACGAGUGCCGUUGUGAUCCUUCUCCUUUCCUCUAGAGUCUAGCCUUACCCGAGAGAUAAACAAUGAUGGUGACCGAGCGAGGCAUAGCGGGACAACAAGGAUGGAUGGAACCAACCAUACGAACGAUGAUGACAAGACGGAGUUGAUGGCUAUGACGAGCUCUUAGCGGAUAGAGGGCCGCCGAUGAGGAUUUAAUGAAUCGACGGUUGAGGUAAGGGCUGAACCUCUGUAGGCCUUUAUCGAUUAUGGUGUUGCUGGGUGAAACAUAGAUAAUUAAAGUAAUUAACAGGACAAGGUUGGUGAAUAAUCAUUGGGCGAUGUCUCUGAAGUUGGGAUUGUACGUGUAUAUGUAUAAUAUCAACAGUUGAAAUUUAUGGAAUUAUCACAGCAUAACUAUACGAGAGUGGGAGGCGCAUUUGAGUUAGGCAUUUUCAGACAUCUUUGUUUAUUGAGUGAGAAGGUUUAUGAAAAUUACAUCUAAUGAUAACAGGAGAUAUUGAAAUAUCGUCACGAUUCAAACCGGCGACAUGGAGUGGAUCGACAAGGUUUAGAGGAAGUUAUCAUCAUCAUCGUCAAGUUUAGUUUAUUUGUUAAUGUUUAGACUUUAGUAUGAGUUGUUAUGUUUGUUUUAAGUUUAUUGUUCUCCAAAAACAAAUUGGUACGAUUUGU